AUGUGCCUUGGUGCGAAUGCAGACUGCAUUGGAUUCAACCCCGGACAAGGAACCGAAAGACCUCGUAGCACAGUCUCUUAUUGGGAAGACCAGGCGGCUCAACUUGACAUUGAGCUGUCACGAUUGAGAUCCGAGCAGACGCCUAAUCGCCUCGACCAAGUGCGUCUGGGUAUCGAGAAGCUCACCACCCGCCUAGCGGCAACCAUUGGCAGUCCUCAGAUGUCAAGUCAUACGAAAAAAGAAGAUAUCGCAAGUCUGUCGUUGAUAUCACCUAAUUUCCUUUGCCCAUGCCCAUCGCCUCUGUUCCGUGAAAAUGCGGCAGCGACUGUUGCAGAACCUCUACAGGACGAACAGCUCCCGAAAAGCAUAAAAAUCUCUGCGAUCCCUCGCCACGUGGUAGAUAUCAUGCUGAACAAUUACUGUGAGAUUUAUCUGAAGCAGUAUCCUGCCGUGGAAAAAACAGAAAUUCAUAGAUCUUGUGAUAUGAUCUACAAUGGUGCAGCUGUUUCACAUUACCAUGUAACGAUUGUUGCUUUGGCUCUCGCAAUCAGUGUAAUAACGCUGAUGCGAUAUGAUGAAGUCCGUGCUAUUGCAAGAGAGAAGGAUCUAUGGGCCACGGCUGUUGAACAUCUUCAAUAUAGUGACAGCAUGAACAGCUGGCAAAGACUUCAGGUACUACAGCUGCUAGUACAUUACAGCUAUAUCAACCCAGCCCUCGUGAAUGGUAAUAAUUGCGCAUCAGCUGCAACUAGGCUUUGCGUCCAGUUUGGGCUUCACCGGGAGCUCCCAGCCUCGGAGCAGGUCAAGUACAAUAGCUCAGUGCUCGAUACUCGACGGCGUCUCUUCUGGCAUUCUUAUAGUAUUGAUGCGGCUGUACACCACAUCCUGUGUCUUCCUUAUGUUUGGCCGGCAGGCGUGAUCACGGCCAAGUACCCCGACUUUGGGAUUAAACAGUCUCCAACUGCCCAAUUUUGGUCUAUCAGGCAAUUAGAGGCGGAAAUCACGAGCAAAAUGUAUUACCCUCAUACCAUUUCCGACAUCCAAACAUCCAAUGAGAAGUUUCAGGAUUGGUUUACGACCAUGCACUCUCGCCUUGACAAAUGGGCCAAUGGGUUACAAUCAGAAACCGCCAACACAAUUGAAUUCCAUGCCAUAAUGUAUCACUUUGCAGUCUUUCGAUUGAAUCGACCUUCACCUCGCUGUCCAGAACCAACACUGGACAUGCGAAAACGAGCUCUGGAUUCAAUCCUGAAACUUGGAAAUGAGUAUGAGCUACAAGCACGUCACGGAAGGAUGUUCUACGUCUUCCAUGCGGCUCACUAUCUUGUUGAACUCGGCAUCAGUCUUCUUGAGUCUGUCAUGAGUGCUUUAGAAUUUUCCGAAUUUGGUCCUACUCAUGUUGAUGGCAUUGAUGUCACUGUUAUCAAACGAACGGUUCACAUUAUCUCAUCGCUUUUACGGAAUAUAAUCAAGCGGUGGCCUGCCAUCCAAAAUCAACUUACUGCUUUCGAUAAUGCAUCUGGCCCUGUUUUAUCUGAUCUCGAAGAGUGGGUAAACGGUAACAGAUUGACUAGGUCGCAAUAUACCGCGAAGAGACAGCAGUUCUCACAGUUUCUCCUUCCUCGUAUUUUACAAACCCGCCCAGACGUGGACUAUAAUGCGCAAAAUCCUUUGACGCCGAACGCAAAUGACAAAUUUCUGCUAAUACCGACAAGUUUGACCGUGGACCAAGAAUCAAGUGUAGAACACCAACCUGCGAAUCAGCUCAUUCCCAGCAUUAUCUAUACACUCAACCAACCGACAGAACAGACUUUCAGCUUUAACCCUACCGACAACAAUCCUCUGAACAUGGCCUUGAACUCGAAUCAGUUCUCCCUUUUUGCAACAGAUCAAUCGCAAGAAGUGCCUAAUCUCGGAGUGGUUACAGGGGACGAGUCAUUAUACAAUGGAGUCUUGGGAAUAGAUUCUGACCUGAUUUUUGCAGCGCUUCUUGGAGGGCAAGAAACAAUGUUAUAA